AUGAUCGUCGACACUCACUCGACGCUGUGUCUCUCCCACUUACCCCGUGAGCCCAAUUCCACUGCCAUUGAACAUCUCGUGCAGCAGCCAAAGGCGUUCCCACCGACUCUCAAGUCCACCGCACGGCCCAUUCGACGCGUCGACCGCUGGCGCCAAGUGCGCCUCCACAUGCGCCAACUGACGCGCGGCCUCAAGCGCUGCAGAGCGCGCACUGUCGACGGCAGUAACGCGGCCGUCACGUGCUGCGCGUCGAUGCUGCACAAGGACUUUUGGCUCGAAGCGCUCGACGUGCAGCACCGGUACGGGUUCCACCUGCGCGCGUUCCACAGGACGUGGAAGCUCGAAAUGGCUCGAGAGGGACAGCUACUGACCGACCAGGACGACGCCUCGUUCUUCCAUUGGCUCGACCACGGCCAGGGCAGGUUCGUGGACCUGCCAGAGUGCAGCCAGCAGUACCUCCGCUCGACGCGUGUCGAGUACUGCACCGAAGCGCAGCGCGAAGACUAUGAGAUUGAGUUUGCAUUGCUGCCGUGCAGCAAUGAGAAGAAGAUAAGCGUGCGGUACGCAGCGUCGAAGCAGGUGGUGCACACGGACGACCGGAGCAAGUGGAUCUUUGUCUUGGACCUGUGUGGGCGGCUGUACCUCGGGCGGAAACGCAAGGGGCGAUUCCACCACUCGAGCUUUGUGUCGGGUGCACCGAUCUUUGCCGCCGGUAAGAUCGCCAUCGCGCACGGGGUGAUUGUCGCGAUUGAACCGCAUAGUGGGCACUUUAAACCGCGUUUGGAGAACCUCUUGGCGCUCUGCUGUGUGCUGGCGAAACACGGCGUCGACAUUGAGGACGUUGCGUUUGUCAAGCCCAAGAAGUGGUCCUGUGCCUGGCCGUUUCCAGCGCAGCCAGACGUCGAGCUCAGUGGUAUUGCUGGGGCCUCGGACACGGACUACAGCGCGGACAGGUCCGACUCGGACGAGGCGCAGCCACUGCUGCUGCCAGUCGACUAG